CUUUUGUACUUCUUUAGAGCCAAAUAUCAUUGUAAUUUCCGCUAAAGCGUAUAAUCGUUGGGCGAGCGAAAGAACGGUUGUAAACUACACGUGCACGAAUCAUAAUCUGCUGAGGCGCCAACAAAUUAGCGGCAGAAAUACGAGUAGUUUCAAAAGAAUGUGCGGCUAAGCGUAUGUACAAAUUGAUAGUGUUCUAAAGUUUCGCGCGAGUUUUUUAUAUGUUAAAUGGGCUUUUAAGGCCUGUCCAGACAGACUCGCGCAACGCGAACGCAGAGAAAAAUCAACCAAUCGAUCCCGCACAAUAAGCGGGCGCGAUAGCCAAUCGCCUCCUACUACACAUCUACCAUCCCGGAAAAAGCGGAAAGUAGAUUGGCUGCAUUGGCUGCCACGUCAGCUCGCACAUAUGGAAUGGAACGCGUGUAGAAAUCGUGCGGUUCCGAUGGGAUGCAAUAAAGACUUAGACUGUUUUUUAUAUAUAAAAAAAAAUAUUAAAAAAAAAAAAAAUAAAAUUUGACGUACAAAAAAGAAUCAAACAAUUUCACGUUUGAUGAGAGCUGAGAGCGCGGCGAAGGAAACAUGGCCAUCCUUCCGCCUCAUGUUGGACGUGUGGAUUGAUUUUCUCGCGCGUGUAUCGUCCGGUGAUACAAAUCCGCUCGAUAAAAAUUUGAAUAAAUCGCAGCUGACGAGUUUGAAGUGUUCAGGAGCGUUUACGAAGGCUCGAUGCCGCGUUCCUUCCGGGAAAGACGGUCAGAAACACGACGAUCGGGCGGGCGGCGUAUAAACACGCGAUCGUGUGAUGCGUGUCGCGUGACGCGCAACACAACGGCGACCAGUGCGCAGCUGCCGACGCGCAGUACAGCGCAGCAUUUGAACCUUCGCAGUUCGAUCGGCCAUAUUGCCAUAUUUGCUCUUACACAACGCCCUCACGCGACGAUCGUGGGUUUACGUUGUUAUAUUCCUGUGGCCUCGUAUCAACCCGUCGGCCCGCACGGCGUCCACAGUCGUAUCCACGUCGACGUUCGACUAAUGAACAUAGUUACCAUUGUUUGAGCUACAUGCUUCAAUCAUGAGUAACGUGGCGACUAUAAAGUUGGAAGAGGGACAAGAAUCUGUCACCGAGAUACAAACUUACUUGGAGACAUUUAACAAAGAGAUAGAGGGAGGCCAGGGUGAACAGCUGCAACAUGUGCAAUUACAACAAGUGGAAGGAUUAUCUGGUGGAGAAGAAGGUGGAACAUACUUUGUUGAUCAGACUGGUCAAUAUUAUUACCAGGCAAACAGUGAUGAACCACCUGUGAUGACACAGGUACAGAUACAAGAAGUAGAGGAGACCGAUGUACAAAACGAAGGCGAGACAACUCAAGAUGAACAGUAUCACGAGAUUGAAGAACUUGAAAAUGCUGAGGGUGACGAGGAUGUACAAGUCAACGGUGAAAACAAUCAAGUUGUCAUUAAUUCUGGCGAUGCAUAUCAAACUGUGACGAUUGUUCCAUCCGACACAAAUCCUGGAGAAGUUAGUUACGUUCUGAUAGUUCAGCAACCCGAGUCCGAAGAUAAAGAGACUAAACCUGCGGAAGAUGAAGCAACGACGGUGGCGGCAGCUGCUGCAGCAGCUGAGGGAGAGGAAGCGGAAGGUGAACAAGAUCUCACUGUAUAUGAUUUUGAAGAUAAUGAAGAUAAUGAGGCUCCAGUGGAAUCUGAGGCAGAAGAUGAUAAGACUAAAAUCAUUAAGUUCAUCCCAAAGAAAUCUCAAACUGUAACGCAAGCUCAUAUGUGCAACUACUGCAACUAUACCAGCCCAAAACGAUAUCUUUUAUCACGGCAUAUGAAAUCGCACUCCGAAGAAAGACCACAUAAAUGUAGUGUUUGUGAGCGAGGAUUUAAAACUCUGGCUUCACUUCAGAAUCAUGUCAACACUCAUACUGGGACCAAGCCUCAUCAUUGCAAAUAUUGCGAGAGUGCAUUUACAACUUCUGGUGAACUUGUGAGACAUGUUCGGUACAGACACACUCAUGAAAAACCACACAAAUGUCAUGAGUGCGAUUACGCGUCUGUUGAGCUGUCAAAACUGAAGAGACAUAUUAGAUGUCACACAGGCGAACGACCCUAUCAGUGUCCACAUUGUACAUAUGCAAGUCCAGAUACAUUUAAACUUAAACGUCAUCUUCGCAUUCACACUGGAGAGAAACCAUAUGAAUGUGAUUUUUGUCAAGCGAGAUUUACUCAAUCCAACAGUUUGAAAGCACAUAAGUUAAUACAUAAUGGCGAUAAACCAGUAUUUCAGUGCGAGUUAUGUCCAGCUACAUGUGGUAGAAAAACGGAUCUUAGAAUUCAUGUGCAAAAGUUACACACUUCUGAUAAACCACUAAAAUGCAAGCGUUGUGGAAAAACAUUCCCGGAUAGAUAUAGCUAUAAGUUACAUAGCAAAACGCACGAAGGGGAGAAAUGUUACAAGUGCGAUCUAUGUCCGUAUGCAUCUAUAUCGGCGCGUCAUUUGGAAAGUCAUAUGCUUAUUCAUACCGAUCAGAAGCCGUAUCAAUGUGAUCACUGCUUUCAAUCAUUUAGACAAAAACAGCUACUCAAACGGCAUUGCAAUCUUUAUCACAAUCCUACCUACGUUCCUCCACCACCACAAGAAAAAACGCAUCAAUGUCCUGAAUGUGAAAGAGCAUUUAGACAUAAAGGUAAUCUUAUUCGACAUAUGGCCGUCCACGAUCCGGAAUCGUCUCUUCAAGAAAAACAGCAAGCUCUGAAAAUCGGCAGACAAAAGAAGAUUCAAAUCAUUGACGGCCAACGUGUCGAAGUAAUGACAGGUGAUUUAGCUUCUAAACUUAAAGGUUAUGACGAUGAAGAAGAGGAGGAAGAUGAAGACGACAUGAUGGCGGUUCAAGGUAGUGAUGGUCAGCAAUACGUUGUGCUAGAAGUGAUCCAGUUAGCGGACAAUCAAGGGAGUGAUCAGAUGGCUGUUGUCGCGAGUGAAGAUGGAGAAUUGGUAAUGCAAGAUCCUUUGACUCAAGAAAACAGCAUAGUAACAGCAACAGGAGAGGAAAUUGAUGAAGUAGAAGAGGAAGAUAUAGAAAUGCAUGAGCUAAAGAUAGAACCCACUACUCCAUCAAAAUCUUCAACGCAAAACUCACAAAAUGACCCUAAAUUGCAAAAGGAAAUGGAAACCUGUUUCGGGUUUGAUGAGGAAGAGGAGGAAGAGGAAAGCGGUAAUAAUAUAAACAUGUUACAGACAAUUUCGUAAUAACAAGUAUAAAGGAAAAAAAAUACCUAUUCGAUAGUCCAAUGUUUCACUUCUGUCCCAGUGUUAGUGUAAUAUCCUUAAGAAAAAUAAGGAAAAUUAGACAAUAAGAGCCAAAGCGCACUUGACAAUUUUCCUUAUUUAGAUUGUACAUCUUAUUAUAAUUAAUUUCUAAAACAAAAAAUAAUUAAAGUCAAGGAAAUUAUAUAUAUUGUGUAUAAUAAAACUGAAUGCAGUGUAUUGUUGUCAUCUAAAAAUACUCUGCAUAGCUCUAGUAGGGAGUUGCAGUGUGAUUCACAUGCAUGGUACAAGAACUUUUUUUUGCCGUUAGUGCAUUAGGUACACAUAAUAAUUUAUGAAAAUAUUGUAGUUUUGUGGUCUAGCAAAGUAUCAAGCAAAUGUACAAUUAUGAUAUUGUAAAAUAUGAUUUACGUUAUUGUCAAAUGAGAACUUCUUAAUAAUGACAUUAACAAAGUUAGAUAAGAUUGCAUAUGUUAAUUAUAAGGAAAUCUAAUAUCUUGGCAUAAUAUUUUUAAACAAGUUUAUUUAUAACUUUGAUGUAGAAGCUCGUGACUGUAGAAGAUGUGUGCAACUAAUAGCGAAUUCGGGCGCUUGCACUGGUGUACACUGAGUGUGCGCACUAAGGCUGGUUUAUAAUCUAUUCUUAUAUCUUAUAUUUAAAGUCGCUUAAAUACACAUUUAAAGAUUUUUUGGCCAAUAAAAUAAUCUGUAAUAUUUAUAUGGAUAAUGUACAAAUGAUUUUAUAGACUAAGAAGUAUUUAAGAUGAUUUGUAAAUAUAAUAAUUGAUUAAGAACGAGCCUUAGUGCGCACUCAGUGUGCACUAGUGCAAGCGCCCGAAUUCGCUAUAACAUCAAUCCUGAAGAGUUAAGAUUACUUCAUAAAGUUGAAACUAAUAAGAGUAACAUUAAAACAGAGGUUACAAUGUAAAUAAAUGUUUAUCUUCAUAUCUCGAUUUAGAGACUACUUUUAAAAGUUUCAGCAUAAAUAUCAAGAGAGAAAUGAUGAAUGUAACUGUCAAAAGUAUUUUAUAUUGUUUACUAUGGUUACUUUUUCUUAUCUUAAAAGGUCGGGAAGUAAUAGAGAGAAUUGUGAAGUUGUAACAUGUUGGUUUUUUUAGUAAUGCAUUACGUAAAGAAAUUUAACAUUUUUAUUCGUAAUAAAGAAAAAUACAUUUCCGUUAGAGGCAGGACAAUGUAAUUUAUUUCUUACUCUUUGAUCAUAAUAUCCUUCUUGUUUGCAGCGUUAAUUAGAAGUUGACUCGAUAACAUUUUUUGGCAAAUUUCUAUAUAUGUUAUUAUUGUUUUUACAAUAACAUAUUAAACACACAAUUAUUGAAACUUGUCUUAAAAUAUUUUAUAAUUGCACUGUUCGUGUUCCCUAACAGUACUAUUAUAAAAUUGUCAAAAGUUAUUUCAAAUCUUAUACUAAGCAAUCUUUGAUAUAUACUAAAUAUAAAUGUUUAAUCACAACCUCGCACGUAGUAUAAUCUCCAGUUUGAGUUAGGGCAUGAUGGUACUCGAAACAAAACAAAGUAUGCAUUGUAAAUGAUUUUAUGUGUAUUUGCUUAAAAAUAAAUGUCUUGAAUAUUCUGUCACUUUAGAAUAAGUCAUGUGGGAACGAAAUUGUUGAGACAAUGAAAUUUUUUCUAUAAGAAGUAGAUUGCGUGCUCAUGCCUUUUUAUUACAAACUGGAAUAAUAAUAUUUCUUCAAUAAAAUUCAUAACAUUGCUGUAUUAAAGUGGUAUGACAUAUGUAUCUUCGCGAAUACAUCGGAAUGAAGAAAAGUGUAUAAUUAAUGCUCGUACAAUGUUGCUCAUAAAAUACGUUAUCCGCUUAUCACUAGAUAAGCCUACUUAGGCGAAGUGUAUCAUUGUAAAAAGUAUGUACAAUUUUUUUUACAUACACGAAUUGUACAAUUGUAAUUUAGUGAUCAAUUAAUGUAUGCACUUAAAAUUCCGCACUUUCUUACAUUAUCCCAAAGAAAAAAAAACGGUGUAACAUUCUCUCGAUAAUAAACAUUAUCUUGUCGACAAUA